AUGGCAGAAUCGGCUGUCAAGAUCGCCAAAAGCUUGUUACGAAAGUGCGACGGCAAUUGGGACGAAUUCGUCACACGAUUACGCGAAACGAGGAAUAUCCCAAGAGGAGACGGGAAUUGUCCGGCCGAGCUCCUGAUGGGAAGGAAACAACGCGGAUUGCUGCCGACGAUACCAAACUCGAGAACAAGUCCAGCCACGAACAAGGAAGCGAAAACAAAAACAAUUCCUACGAAAUCGGGAAGAAAACUGAAGCCGUUGGUGACUGGCGAAAGAGUUUGGAUACAAAACGCGCAUACAAAAAACUGGGACGAAUCUGGAACUGUU